GAUAUUAUUGUCUAUAUAGUCUAAAUCUUUUUUAUUGAAACGAAAAGAAAAGAAAAGAUACGUGAUUGCUUUGAGAGAUACUUUAAUUCAGCCAACUUAUAAAUUCAUUUCUUAUUUUAUCUAACUGAGUUUUCAUUUCUCUUUUCCUUUCCUUUCUAUCUCAUUUCUCUCAUCUUUCUUUCCUUUUUUUAUUUUUUUAUUUUCUCUAGUUUUAGCUGGUUAUGGCUCUUCUAAUGGUUUGGAAGUGGAUGGAAUGACAAUUAUGAUGGUAGUGGUAUGGUGUCUGUCUUACUCUCUUGUUGUUCUCUCUCGUGUUUCCGUGGUCUCUUCUUCUCUUUUUCUAUCUGGUUGGUCUCUCUCUCUUUCCGUUUCCUUCAUCUGUCUCUCGUUGUCAUGGUAUUUUCUUCCAGAACCCUUUACUACGUG